AUGGAAGAAUUUGAAUCAUUCAGUGACGAAGAGGAGAGUGUAGAAUCUGAUGAAAAGAAUCAGAGAAAGAGAAUCAAGAAGGACAAGAAUGAAGUUCCAAAAAAACCACCCACUUCAUACAUGCUCAUCUCUAAGGAACAAGAAACUGGCCUUGUUAAGAAAAUUGGUCUCUGGCACGCAAUGAAAGAUGAAGAAAGGAAGUCAUAUCAUGACAAGGCAGCCAAGUUAAAGAAGGAAUACGAACUUGUCAAGGCUAAGACAUCCAAGAAGAGGAAGGAAGAAGAGGAAGAGAGUAGUGCAGAAGAAGAAAGCUAUUGA